AUUCGAGAGAUUGAGUUCGUUAAAAGAAGAAGAUGACUGACGAGUGAUUUUAACCAUCAAAAUAUAUUGAAAAAUUAGAACUUAGCUAACUAGUAGGUUGAAAUAUCGAAACAUGAAUUUCCAGAAACUAUUAUCGAACCGAGUUCCAAUAAUCCUCCAAAAAUGUGGUUUCAAACAUUAUCCUCCACCACCAAAUUUUGAUAAUGUCGAAUUUCCUGAGAAGCCAAAAUUGAAGUUUAUUGAUAAAUUUCCACAGCUUCCACCCAGUGUUAAAGCUCCAAAGAUGCAAAAGAAAUUGAGGCUCAUGCGUGGUCCAGAAGAGGUCCAUAAUUUUCUGCUUCAUAAGCAAUAUGGAAUAAUGGCUUUGGGAGGUGGUAGACUGAAAUGGGGCCAUUUUGAGAUGAUGCGUCUUACUUUGCAUAGAAAACUAGACUCUAGUAAAAUGUUUGCUGUAUGGAGGGUGGAUUCGCCCUGGCAACCCAUGACAAAACAGGGACAAGGUCAGAGAAUGGGUGGUGGUAAAGGUCCCAUUGAUCAUUAUGUGACUCCUGUCAAAACAGGUCGAAUAAUCCUUGAAGUGGGGGGAAGAGCCGAAUUCAAAGAAAUAGAAAAAUUCCUCACGGAUAUCGCUAAUAAACUGCCUUUCAAGGCCAUGGCGGUUUCUCAGGAAAUCCUGGAUGAGAUGAAGAGGAAGGAAAAGUGGGAAGAAGAGAAUAAUCAAAACCCCUAUACUUUGAAAUACUUGAUUCAAAAUAAUAUGGGUGGAUGCAAUAGGUGGUUGUCACCUACUGAUACAAAAUAUUUCAGCAAAUAUGUUUGAUUCAUUUUUAUAAAAGCCUUUUGGAAUAAUCAUAAAAUGAAAAAUGGAUAUAUAUACAUGUGGUUGUCAUUUGAAACUGAUGAAGUCAGGAUAGUUUCUUCAAAAUAGUGAAAAUAUCUUGAUAUUAUGAUCCAUCAGUUAUAAAUAAGAAUUUGUCAGCUUUGGUCUGGUGGAAUGAGAACAAAUUUGAAAACUGCCUAAUGAUUUCUAAAAAUAUUGUAAUAUAUGAGACCUUAGAAAUAAA